UGUGUGUGUGUGAGAGAGAGAUAGAGAGGAGAAGGAAAACGAGGAGGAAACUUGAGCUUUGCAGAAGGAAAGGACAUGAGCACUUUUGGGGACUUCGAAUUCUCUGUGCAAAAAUACAUUUGCAGACUGAAUACUACAAACCGGUGAUGUUUUAUGUCGUUUUUAAUCACACAGAGUUUGAAUGAUGUCUCGCUUUAAUUCAGCUUGAUCACCGAAAGCAACAGGAUGUUGUGGUUAAGGUGUGUCCUGGCCCUCGGCCCCGUCUUUGGAUGUCUGUCACAAUGGCGAAGUUUGAGACCGGCCGCACAAGCCCAGUGGUCCGUCAGAUAGACAAGCAGUUCCUGGUGUGCAGUAUCUGUCUGGACCACUACCACAAUCCCAAAGUCCUGCCCUGCUUGCACACCUUCUGCGAAAGGUGCCUACAGAACUACAUUCCCCCUCAGUCCCUGACACUGUCCUGCCCCGUGUGCAGACAGACCUCCAUCUUGCCCGAAAAGGGUGUAGCGGCACUCCAGAACAACUUCUUCAUCACAAACCUCAUGGAGGUGCUACAGAGAGACCCUGAAUGCUCUCGUCCGGAGGCCUGCAGUGUGCUGGAGUCUGUCAGUGCAGCGGCUGCUGGGAAACCGCUCUCCUGUCCCAAUCAUGAGGGCAAGGUGAUGGAGUUUUACUGCGAGUCGUGUGAGACUGCCAUGUGUCUGGAUUGUACAGAAGGGGAGCACCGGGAGCAUGUGACUGUUCCACUGCGGGACGUCCUAGAGCAGCACAAAGCAGUGCUCAAGAACCAGCUGGAUGCCAUACGCAACAGACUUCCUCAGCUAACAGCAGCCAUCGAGAUGGUGAAUGAAAUCUCUAAACAGCUGACAGAGAGGAAGAAUGAAGCCGUCAAUGAGAUCAACAUGACAUUUGAGGAGCUGGAGAGGGCUUUACACCAACGCAAGGCUGCUCUCAUCACCGACCUGGAGAACAUCUGUAGCACCAAGCAGAAGGUUCUCCAGGCGCAGUUAUCGUCGCUUCUGCAGGGAAAAGAUCACAUCCAGAGCAGCUGCAGUUUCACCGAACAGGCUUUGAGCCACGGGAGCGCUACUGAAGUCCUGCUGGUCCAGAAGCAGAUGAGUGAGCGGGUGAGCGCUCUCGCCUGCCAUGACUUCCCUGAACGGCCACACGAAAAUGCCCACCUGGACUGCCAGAUCGAGACGGAGGGCCUGCGGCGUUCCAUCCAGAACCUGGGCGUCCUGCUGACAACAGGGGCUGUGGGACAUACGAGCGUGGCCACCGGAGAGGGACUCAGACAUGCUCUGGUCGGCCAGCAUGUGACUGUGACCGUCACCACUAAAGAUAAAGAUAGCGAGCUCGUCAGGACGGGUAACGCGGCUCUCCGAGCGGAGAUCAUGGGGCAGGAUGGAGCGCAAGUGACUGAGGCAGACGUGGUGGAUAAUAAAAACGGGACGUAUGAGGUUGGUUAUACACUCAAAGGUGAAGGCGAGUACUCGUUCUCUCUUAUGCUGUAUGGACAGCCGGUGCGGGGCAGCCCGUUCAGAUUGAGGGCUAUAAAGCCGUCGGAUGUGCCUCAGUCUCCGGAUGACGUGAAGAGGAGGGUCAAAUCUCCAAGUGGGACAGGUGGACACAUCAGGCAAAAGGCAGUCAGGAGACCCUCCAGCAUGUACAGCACAACCAAAAAGAAGGAAAACCCCAUUGAGGAUGAGUUGAUUUACAGAGUGGGCACUCGGGGCAGAGAGAAGGGUGAGUUCACCAAUCUACAGGGCAUCUCUGCGUCCAUCAGCGGCAGAGUCAUCGUAGCUGACAGCAACAACCAGUGCAUACAGGUUUUUACCAAUGAUGGGCAGUUUAAAGCACGUUUCGGGGUGCGAGGUCGUUCUCCAGGACAACUGCAGAGACCCACCGGAGUGGCAGUCGACACCAACGGAGACGUUAUAGUGGCUGAUUAUGAUAACAGAUGGAUCAGUAUCUUCUCCCCUGAUGGGAAGUUCAAGAAUAAGAUUGGUGCUGGUCGUCUGAUGGGACCCAAAGGAGUGGCUGUAGACAGAAACGGUCAUAUCAUCGCAGUGGACAAUAAAGCCUGCUGUGUCUUCAUCUUUCAGUCCAAUGGCAAACUAGUGACCAAGUUUGGAGCGAGGGGGACUUCAGACAGACAGUUCGCAGAAAAAAGUGGUUCAAAGUGUGCACUGGAGCAAAAGUUUAGUAAAUCUGGCCCUGGGUUCAGCCCGCACUUUGUUGCUGUCAACAACAAGAAUGAAAUUGUGGUGACAGACUUUCAUAACCACUCCGUCAAGGUUUACAGUGCAGAUGGGGAGUUUUUGUUUAAAUUUGGGUCUCACGGAGAAGGAAACGGACAGUUUAAUGCCCCCACUGGGGUUGCAGUGGAUGUGAAUGGUAACAUUAUUGUAGCAGACUGGGGCAACAGCAGAAUACAGGUGUUUGACAGCUCAGGCUCAUUCCUGUCCUACAUCAACACCAGUGCUGACCCUCUGUACGGCCCGCAGGGUCUCGCUUUGACCUCCGAUGGACACGUUGUUGUGGCUGAUUCUGGAAACCACUGCUUCAAAGUCUACCGGUACCUGCAGUAAAACCACAAAAAAACUCUUCAUCCAUCACCGUUUGCUUAGAUUUCAUAUCAGCAAAAUCCUCCAGAGAGGACGAAUCGAGCAAACAAAAAGCACUUUUUUUUUCUUUAAUCGUCUACUGAUUUUUAUGAUCCAAAACCAAGAACUGCUUCUGUACUAAACCAGGAAUGUUGAUUGUAAAUAACAGAAACCAUAUCAAUAAGCACAGAUUCUUAUUAGAAACCAUGUAAGUUGUGUAUAAAUAAAUUAUAAUAUAUAUCUAUAUAUAUCUAUAAAGCAUUUUGCUAAUUACCAUCCAAAUUAUUUUUGAAGUUCCUCGCCUGCCUUAUAAUUUUAUACCAUUUUCGCCACAGGAAUAAUAAAUUAAAAUGGUAAUUUUUCAAAAUUCAGACUUUUAUCCUUGCAGUUUUAAGUUCACGUCUCACAAUUCUGGGUGAAAACUGGAGCCUUAUUUUGCAAAAAAUAAAAGUGUGAAUUCAGGGUUUCUAGCUUGCAAUUUGGACUUUUUGUCAAAUAAUUUUGAGAAAAUAUUUUGUCAAAUAAUCUGAGAAAAAGUCAUAAAUAAUUGUGUUAUAUAAAUAGUUAUAAACUGUAUAAAAUGACAUGUUUUUGCGGUAUAAGUAAUCACAAUAUAUUAAAAUACAUUUUUAAAAAAGAGAUUGAAAAGAUGAGCAAACUUUGCUUCAUUUCCUGCAACUGAAUUUUUAUAUUUUAACUCCUUUUUUUUCUGAGAUUGUGAGAAAUUGUGAGAAGGUCAGAAUUUAGAGUUUAAAAAUCCCUGUUUUUUUAUUCCGUGGCAAAAAACAGGCAUCCAUAUCAACCUUCCCAUGACUGCAACACUUGUGUAUUUUAAUAACAACAUUCUGCAUUUGUAAAUAUACAAAAUAAUGUACAUAUGAAGAUAUUCGGUGUAUGUAACGUAAAUGACACAGGCUUCUUGUAUUGUCCGAUGACAGCGUCUAGCGAUCAGAUUAUUUCGAGCUGAUCAUCCCUCACACAAAAAUAUCAAAGCAGUAAACAGAAGGACAUAUUUUUUCCAUUCCAAAUUAUUUAUUUUUCUAAAGCACAAAGGCUACUUUACGUGUCGAAGAAUCUAACGUGUUGAUGAAAUGUAAUCAAACCCAAGUAUUUCAAAUAUAUUGCCUGUGAUUUUUAACCUUCUAGAAAGAAGAUCAGCUAUAUCUCCUCUUUGUAAAUAACGCAUUGUGUUCACAGCGUAGCAACCAAAUGUUGUGUUUAGUCAGUAUUAUAGUUUAUGGUUCGUUUGUUUAUUUAUUUCAUGUUUUGUACAAGUUUUCCUGGAUACUUCAUCAUCACCAGCGAAUGAUUUCAGAGUCCACUUCCUUUCGUUUUUUUUUUGUAGAAAUUUCCGUUGUCUCUUUUUUUAUGUGACGUCGUGCUACUGGAUGUGAUCCUCCACAAGGUUAAUGAACGGUGGCUCACAGCUGGAACAGUAAACGUAUAUAUUAAUAUCUGUGCUGAGAACAUUUUUGCAUGUCAAUGACUUCGGCAGUAUGAAUAUGGUUUUCUGCAACAGCAAGAUAAACUGUAAUUAUUUGCUAUUUCCAGGCUGGGAAUUAAAAAGAUGAAAUAAAAUAAA